ACCAGUGAUGAGGAAGUGUGUUCAGAGGGGAAGGAUCAUGGGAGAGCUGUCUCCGUAACUUAAUCUCUUUUUUGUCAGUUUUUGAGACUUCAUCAUGACUCACAGGGAGGCUGCUGUGUGUUUAAACCUGCUCCUGUUUCUUCAUGUUGGUGCUCAGCUGUGGAGGAGUCAUGGAAAGCAGCAGUGGCCCGUCCCCUACAGACGGUUUGAUAGUCGUCCUGCAGCAGACUCUUACUGUGAAGCUCUCUACCCGUUCUGUCCCACUGGAGACAGAGAUGGACGCAUUCCCUACAUGAGAGACAGCGACGUCAUCUCCGUUUACCGACUGCAAACACCCGUGUGGGAAUUCAAGUAUGGAGAUUUGAUGGGGAAAUUUCACAUCAUGCACGAUGCCAUCGGCUUCAGCAGUUCAGAAACAGGGGCCAACUACACCAUGGAGUGGUACGAGCUGUUUCAGCUGGGUAACUGCACCUUCCCUCACCUCAGACCUGAAGUCUACGCACCUUUCUGGUGCAACCAGGGAGCUGCCUGCUUCUUCGAAGGCAUCGAUGACUUACACUGGUCACAAAACGGCACCUUGGAGAAAAUAGGAGAACUUACAGGGAACCAGUUCAAUGACAUGGCCCAUUGGGUCCAGGACGACAACGAGACGGGGAUCUACUACGAAACCUGGACAGUUCUCUCCGACCCCGGGCCUAACGCCACGGUGUGGUUCGAGUCCUACGACUGCUCCCAGUUCGUCCACCGCACAUACAGGAAACUGACUGAACUGGGAGCCAAACUCUCCAGCCGAUCACAAACCAACUACACCAAGAUCUAUCUGUACAGCGGGGAGCCCACAUUCCUCGGCAACGACAGCGACAUCUUCGGACAGCCCGCUCUGAAGAACCUGGCAGCGGACAUCCUUAAAUUUUACCACACAUUCAGACCGCACCAAUCAUUUGUAGACGCUUUCAUCAGCCUGCUGGAGGCUUAUAAAGAGGUGGUGCUGGACAAGAGCUUCUACCUCUACUACAACUUUGAGUACUGGCAUCUGCCAAUGAAGCCUCCCUAUGUGCAGAUUACAUAUGAAGAGGUACCUUUGCCUUAACAUAAAACUUUUAUUAGUGUUUACAUCAAGUGCUGCAACACAUAAUUAUUUUUCUUUUUUUAAUUUAAGCAAUUGCUCAAAAGCCAAAGAUAUUAACAGUAAUAAGAAACAAAUCCUCACAUGCAUUUCUUUUUUUCUGCAAAUCUUGGGCCAACAUGGAUUCAGUGCUCAGAAAAACAUUUUAAAAUUUUACUUGUAGAAUUAAAUUACAACUAGGCACUCUGUCACCUUAUCAUGGGAUACAAUCAAAAGCUAGAAACAGCUGCUAAAUUAACCAUGCGAAAAUAUUUUUGAUUGAAUAAAAUUAUAAAAAGUG